AAAAUUUUAAUUUACGUAAAUGUAUUAAAAAACCGUUCUAAAUUAUGUUUAUAUUUAAAAAUUGAAUAUAAAGAUUUUAUAAAUAUUUAGCAAUUUUUAAGCAUAAAUUGUGGUUCAAGUGUUGAAAAGAACUUAUGAACGAAUAUAAAAGAUUUGUAUAAUGUAAAAAUGACGAGCAACUAUUUCAAUUGUCACAUUCAAGAAUCGUUGUCGAAUGAAAAACGGCGUUGGGAGAAUGCAAUUAACUGCUAUCGUGGGAAUGAUCCUCUGGGACUUUGGUGGAACUAUAUUUGCUGGCUUGAGCAAAAUACUCAUAUGGAUACAGAAAAUCAAUUUAGAAAAUCUUUAGAGCAAUGUUUAUCAAUAUACGAAAACUAUGACGGCUAUAAACAAGAUGUUCGUUUUGUAAAGCUUUGGAUUAAAUAUAUAGAUAUGCAACCAAAUCCUCCCCAAAUGUAUCAAAUGUUAUAUCACCGAGGAGUAGGCACAAGGAUUGCGGCGUUUUAUAUUGGUUGGGCUCACUAUUUUGACUCUGCUGGAGCAUUUAAACAAGCGGAAUCAAUUUUUAAUCUAGCUCUUCAAACACAUGCAGAGCCCCUAGAAGAGCUGCGGGAAGCCCAAAACAAAUUUCGUAUGUCGAUUGCGCAAAGAAUGCUUUAUGAUGAUGGUUCAUCCAAAAAACGUUCUGCAACAUGUUUAGCUGAGCAACGUCAACAAAUAACACAAUUGAAUCCGAAUGGAAAGCGACAACGAAGUGAAUAUGAUAUUCAUGCUUCAAAAAAUUCAGUUACCGAAGAAACACUCCAAUUUUCAUAUAAAUCCCUACAAGAUCAAAAUGCAGACGAGAAAAAACAAAACCAUAAACACACACAAGAAACAUACGAUUACGUGCCGCCAACACUCGAUAACUCAGCAAGUGUAAUAUUUUCUUCCUUAAAUUAUGUAUACGAUGAAACAAAAACUGAAGACAUUAACCAAUUAGACUGUAACGCAGUUUAUGAUUUUGAUUCUGGUAUCCAGCUUCCGUCAAACCAUAUGAAAGUAGCAACCAACAAAUUCCAGAUGUGGCGUGUGCCUUUAUUUUUGGACGAGCCAUGUGAAUUGAAACGUGUUCACUACCCUCGGAACUAUGUUUAUCCUGGAGAUGGUACCGAAUACAGUUUAGAAGAGCUGAGAUCGAGAAAAUGGUAUCGUCGAGUAGAGGAAAUUCGUGAUCGAAAACGAAUUUUACAUCAAAAACAAGAAGAAGAACGAGUUCGCUUGCAUCAGGAACGUUUAAACUCAAUAGCUCAGCAACAGGAAUAUAAGAAACGACAUCAAAUAGAAGAAAAGUUACGUCAAGAAGAUUUAGCUAUAGAGGAGCAUCAAAGACAACAAUACCUGAAAAGUCAAGCGCAAUACAUCAUGAAUACGAACAACUCGUUUUCAGGAAACAAAAGUUACAGCACAAAAGCCAACAAUUCCUUUCAUCAAAGCGACGAUAUUGAAGAUCAAAUUGAAGCUUCAACUAUUAGCUUUUCGUCUGGAGAACAUGGUGCCAAUAAACGACUUACAAUAAAAUUCAAAAAAGAACGUGCGAAGGAAAUCGGAUCAGUCUUAUCGGUUACUCCUUGUACGAAAGAAAAACAAGAUCAGCGAAGAUAUACAGUUGUGAAUAAUUAUGACAAUUCCAAAAAUGACGAAAUAAUUUCUUCUGGUUGUUAUUUAAAUGAUGACACCACUUCAUAUACACUUAUAAGUGCCGCAUAUGCAAAUGAAGAUGAAGAUUCGUGUAAUAGUGAGUUCAAUAAUUCAAUAUCUGGUGAAAAUAGUAUGCAAGAAUACAAUUACAACAAUUUUUGCUCCACUCCAAUACGUCCACAUUUUGCUAAGAAUUCAGAAAAAAUAUCAUCCUUUAGCAAUACUAUAAAGUUAAAAAGUCGAACAUCUAAUAAUUCAUUCAUGAAUGAUGACUCACAGUCCUCAGAACAAAAAUGUUUUUUAGAAGUCGAUAAUGAAGAAACACGAAAACGACGCAUAGAAAGUGCUCUAAUAACUAUUAAAACACACUUGUCACGUUCUUCUAUAGAUCCUUUCAGUCCUGAAUUGUGUAAAGCCUUUCUGACUAAAUUAAAUUUUCCUAACAGAGAAAGCACAUCUAAUUGUUGCAUUAUCAAUUCGUAUUUUGCCCGAUUUAGUAAAGGAAUGGAUAUUUCUCUGGGCGGAAGCGAUUAUUAUGUUGACAAAGAGGUCGGCAAAGGAGCUUAUGGCGCAGUUUAUCGCGGGAUUAAAAAUGACACGAAAGAUGUUGUUGCUCUUAAGUAUCAAAAGCCUUCGAACUCUUGGGAAUUUUAUAUAUGUCAGGAAGUUAGAAAACGUUGCAAAGAUACGGACAUGUUGCCUGGAUUUAUGCACAUUUCAAUGGCUCUUAUUGCACCGAAUUGCACGGUCUUCGUAUCGGAGUUUUCUAGCUUUGGAUCUCUGUUAGAUAUUAAUAAUAAAAUACGAGCUGCUACUACAAAGGUUAUGCACGAAUCGCUUGUCAUGCAUUUCACAAGCCAGAUAUUCAACAUAGUCAACCACUUGCACAAGUGUAAAAUUAUUCAUGCUGAUAUUAAACCUGACAAUUUUUUACUGAUGAAAGCUCCAAUGAUUGACUCUCACGUACCAACACUUCGUUUGAUAGAUUUUGGAUGUGCUAUUGAUAUGACUCUAUUUGAGGAAGAUCAACAAUUCAAAAAGGUUAUUCAAACAGAUGGAUUCACUUGCAUAGAAAUGUUAGAGGGUCGUGACUGGUCAUAUCAAACUGAUUUAUUUUGUGUAGCAGGCACAAUUCACGUUAUGUUAUUCGGUGAAUAUAUGCAGCUUAGCAAAAACGGAACAUUUUGGGAAAUCAAAAAUAAGCUUCCAAGGUACCUUAAAAAACAUGUUUGGUCUGAAAUAUUUAACAAACUUUUGAACAUUAAAAACGUGAAAAAUUUACCAAACUUGAGUGAGCUGAAAAUGUUGGUAGACAAUGAAGUUUUGAAUAUGGAAUCUGACUUAAUUCAUAACACGAGGAUGUUAUCAAACUUAGCAAAACCAGUCAUUGUAAAACGUCAAAAUAAAAAAACGGGGAACAAGUCACAAUUGACCUCAAAUUCAUCUACUCUACUUAAUGGAUAAUGCUGCUCCAAAGAUAGUUUUAUGCAACAAAAUAUGUUUGGCUGAUUAAAAUUACAUGAAUGCAAAUAAUUAGAUUAGAUAAAUUAUUCAAUAAUGUGUUUUUUUUAUCGAUCCAUCGUAAAAAAAUUUCGCUAGAACAAAAAUGUCUUAUUUUUUAAGGUUCUUUUUUUUUGUUUUGACAGUGUUGUGAUUUUUCAUGAAAUGACCCAAACAAACAAUUUGACUUAAGGACACGAUGACAAACAAAUUUAGUCAUUAGAUUGAACUCCAAAUUAAUUAGAAACUUUUUUUUCAAAUAUAAAAAAUAAAUUUUAAUCUAAUUCUUAAAGUCUACAAAACACAUUUACCUAAUCAUUAAUAUUAUAAUAUUGUAAAUA